AUGGCCGCUCUCAAGACCACCCUCGUGCUGCUCCUCAUUGCCUUCGCGAUGUUGGCCUCCAUCGGCGCCGUCCGUGUGGGCCCCUGCGACCAGGUCUGCUCCCGCAUCGACGCUGAGAAGGACGAGUGCUGCAGAGCUCACGGGUACAGCGGCUCGCGUGACCUCGUCAUAGUCAAUGGUUAA